AUGGCGGAAGAAAUUGGAAUAACAAUUCGUCCCAAAAAAGACCGGACAUUAAAGUCUUCAAGCAUACAGAAAAGGGAUGAUAACUCUGUACCAAAUCCUUCCAACUUAAAAUCGCAGCCUUUAGACAAUAAGGAAGAAACAACACCAAUCCCAUCACCAGUAUCUAAGGAAAAACCAGCACCAGAAUUACCAGAUAGGAAUGUUGAGAUAUGGGAACCAGAUGGCACACUUAAUUUGUCUGCUCUUCCAAAACAGAUCGAAGAAGAAGAAAUAAACGAACAAAAUACAGAAGUCACAGUGCCAGAAAUCGAAGAUCCAGAAAAACGCGAAGAACAAAGAAAAGAAUUUUUCGAAAGGCAACAGAAAAGCGUUCAAAAAAGACUUAAUCCAGAUUCAAGUUCAUAUAAAGAAGCGUGGGGUCAUGAAAGCGACGAUGAAAACUCUACAAAACCUAAGAAGAAAUUCGUUCCUGAUCCUGAUUCGUUCUUUGAGCGACAGAAAAGAAGUACGUUAGUUCGCAAUGAAGCACAGAGAGAAAAGAAGCAACCUAAGCCUAAAAUGUCAAAUGGAUCCAAAGCAAUACUUAAAAAAGAUCCGAAACCAGUUAAAAAUGAAGUAGAAGUCCCUCAAUAUUCUUUUCAUCCAGAUCAAUCACUUACUCUUGACUAUCCGACAAAUAACAGAAUUAGUGUUACAGAAGUCGAAAUACAUUGUUUAAACAGAAGUAUUAAACAAGGAGUUAACGAACUCGAUAAUACUGUACUAGAGGAAAUAUCUCAGCAACAUCAUGAAGAUCCAAAUGUUACUAAGAAGAGAAACAUGCUCGCUAAGCGUGCUCAAAAAAGAUUGAAGCAAAAAGAAGAAAAUCCACCAAUUGAAAGAGAAGAGGAAGAUAUAGAAUAUAGACCAAUAAAUCCGAAGGUUCCUAAAGCAACUAGGGAAAUGAAUCAGUACUUUAAGCUUUUCAAAGAGGAUCUUCCUUCAGAUUAA